CAUAGAGAAGGUACCCUUAUACUCCAGCUAGGAUCCUAUAAUUGGUAAGAGACAGCUACAGUCUGCCAACUGAACCAACAGAAGAGUUUUGUCAGCAAUUCCCAGGUGUAAAUCAUGGUGCAGAAUAUUAGAGACAUGGAUGAAUUAAAAGCGUUUUUGAAAGCUGCUGGAAACAAACUUGUGGUAAUUGAAUUCUCAGCAAAAUGGUGUGGUCCUUGCAAAAGGAUUUAUCCGGUUUUUCAUGCAAUGUCUGUGCAAUACCGAAGCGUCAUGUUUGCUACUGUGGAUGUGGACAAUGCUCGGGAGUUGGCCCAAACUUACCAUAUCAAAGCAGUACCCACAUUUCAGAUGUUCAAGCAAACCAAGAAGGUAACCCUAUUCUCGAGAAUCAAAAGAGCAAUUUGCUGUUAUAGAAGUGGAUCCCUGAGCGAGCCGAUUUUUGAACUUUGUGGAGCUGAUGCUAAAAAACUGGAAGAAAAGAUUCGAGAAUUCAUGUAAGCUGAUCUCCAAGACAAAAUACACUUGCAAUGUUUUAAAAGGCCA